AUGAAGGCGGCAUGUGCGGCAACGAGCAGAGCAAAUAGUUCUACCUCUUCGACAUUAGAAGAUAGUGAACAUGGUAGUGGAAAUGCUACUCCAUCUAUUGAUGUAAUAACGACUUCAAUUGGACCUUUAGAGACAACAGGACAUUCGAUUGAAGUCAAAAACACCGACUUGACGAGACGUCGCAUCCAGCAACGCUCUAAUUACUCGGUCAAAAAGAAGCGUGAGCUUAUUGCUUUGGCUCAAAUUGCAGGUGUACGUGAGGUCUGUAGAAUAGAAGGUGUACCACGCCGUACACUUCGCCACUGGUUAGAUGAUGCCGAGAAGAUUAUUAGCUUUGAAGGUCCAGACUCACGAAAAUCCAUUGGACGUUCAGGACGUCGCGAGAUUUUUCCAUUUGGACAACAAUUGACUGAUUUUUUAGAGGAAGGAAGACGUCAAGGACAAGAAAUGACGUCUUCUCAUAUGAUUGGUUUUAUUAGAAAGAACUAUGGACAAUGGCUAGAAGGAUAUUUAGCAGAUAAGAAGAGUGCUGAGAGUGGACAAGCUGCUUUAACAAGACUUUGUCAGAGGUUUGUGGAAAGACGCGGACUUGUACAGGUUGAUAUCGGCACAAUGCAGUCAAAAGCAAUGACGACUAUGGUAGUACCGGACACGAAGACUAAUUCUCCUACAGUGCAUCUUGAUGGGGCUGUGACACGUUCUAGUGAGAGUACGUCUCAUCAUUGUACUGAAGACUUGGAGCAUUCUAAUUUGUACGAGUAUGAUUUGAAAGAUGAUGGACCUCUACUUUUUGGACUGGAUAUUGGCACGACCGCCAUUAAGUGUGUUCUGGUAAAAGUCGAUGGCGGCCAAGUUGCUGCCGUUGCCAAUGUCUCUCUCAGUGAUGUGAUCGUACCUGCUGCAUUAAGAAAAAAAGCGGUGGAAAAUAAGAUUGGCGUGCAAAAUGUAGACCAGGUGGUGUUGGCAGUGCAGCACGCUGUAAAUAUGCUGCCGGAGAUGGGAAGAAGACGAGUUACGUCGGUUGGUAUCUGCGGCCAAAUGCACGGAAUUGUAUGGUGGUGCAGUCGUGAAGUACAUGAGGCAGCUGAACGCUUGUUGUCGAUGGGAAGAAGUUUGGACCAUGAAGAGGAUGACGACUCUUACGAAACUGCGUGGAGUGAGCUAAUAACGUGGCAGGAUCAGCGCUGUACGACUACGUUCUUAGAUAGCUGUCGGGAAAAGGUUGCUUAUACUAAAGAUACGGGCAAAUUUGUACUGUCUAGCCGAAUUGCUGCUGGCUACGGGCUAGCUUCAUUUGCCUAUACGUUAGAAUACUCCCCGCGUACGUUAGUAGGAAUGGAUGCUUGCGGGACAAUUCACGAUUUAGUGGCUUUUAUUUUGUGCGGCCACACACUUCCCAGCGAAACGUUCAUGGACAUUACCGAUGCUCACAGUUGGGGUGGCUUUGAUUUGCAAACCCAGACCUGGGACCCUAAGGUGCUGCGUGCGCUACAGAUACCAUCAUCGAUGCUGCCAGCUGUAAAGAAGCCGGGAACUUGCAUUGGUCACAUCUCUUCCGGGCUUUCUGGAUUUGGGUUACCUGACAAGAAACCUGUGUAUGUGCCGAUGGGUGACCACCCAUGUUCCGUGGUAGCUGCUUUGGCGCAGCGCCAGUCAGCUUUGACUAGUGACUCCAACAUAACGUUGGUAAAUAUAGGCACGUCAGCUCAGAUGGCAAUGGUGCUCACUCGUGCAGACGUUGCAAAAUUGUCUUCUUGCUCGAAGCACACCUCAAAUCAUAUGGAUAAAACGGGUAACACAAGUUUUGAAGUAAGGCCGUUCGUAUUCAAAGAUCGCUUUUUGGGCGUAGCGGCCUCGCUUUCCGGCGGUAACAUAUUUGCUUGGCUCGUGCAGCAAUGGCAGCAGUGGGCAGAGGAAAUGGGACUCGCUCCAGCUCGUUGCGAUCUGGAUGAAGAGCAAGCGGUUCAACGUGAAGCUGGAGUCUACGCCCGGCUGAUCGCGAUGGGACUGCAGUGUCAGGAUACCGACCUGACAUUCGUGCCGACGCUUAACGGUGAGCGCGUGGAUCCCAAUGCUACCGGUAGCAUACUAAAUUUGCGGAUGAACAAUUGGAGUUUGGGCGAUAUCAGUGCCGCGCUGUCUCGUGGUCUUGUGGACAAUCUCUUUGGCAUGAUCCCCACGGAGUUGCAGCCGCUGGUGCUCGUCCAACCGAUAAUUGGUACGGGCAAUGCUCUUGUGCGCAACGAACUAUUGCAACGUUUCUUAUUGCGUUGUUUGGCUCAGCCCUCGCAACUAGAGCUGCAGACGGCUGCAGACGCAGCCGUGGGUGCGGCACUUACCCCCUCGCUCUUAUCAGGGUCCUCAGUCGAGCCGAACAUCUUAAGACCUUUAUAA